AAAUUUCUCGAGUAUAGAUCUCAGUCUGGACGUAGUGUGUACCAGGAAAUAUAAACAGAACAAUUGACAGAAUUCGAAGCUUCUUUCCUAUUAUGAGAAGCGAAUUCUUCAAUCUGAAAAAAGGCACCUCAUAGAAAUUUUUCCCUUCAAAAUUAAGUCUUAGAUUGGGGGUAAUUAACUUCAGACUUUUAGUCUCCAUCAUGGAUAGUUGCCCUGGUGUUUGAUAUACAAGGUUUAUGUAAAUAUGCUUAUAAUGAGGAUAAUACUACAGAAACACUAACGCAACCUAACUCCAUUUGGUGUAAAGAGGGGAUUCACAUUGCACUAGGUCAGAAAUCACACAUGGUUAAGUGACCAUUGAGUUCACCCAGAAGCUCUCGUGAAGUGUUGCUAUUGGUCUUCGCUUUCUUUUUAUUCAGCAUUAUAGGAUUUUUAUUUUCCCUCGGUUAUCUUAACAUUCAUGCAUAUAUAUAUUUUAUGCUAUUUACCCAACAAUUUUUUACUCAAGCUUGUUUGAGUAUUUGAAUUUCAUAAACCAAUAUAUUCACACCAUUGAAAUGGUUCUUAAUCAUGAAUACAUUUGAAGCUACACACACUAUUCCAGUUCUGAUAGGUUGGUAUUCUGCUUUCCUUUUUUGUGCUUGUUUUUUUUAAGUUUUAUUUUAACUGAAUAUUACUCCAUAAAGCUAACUAGAAAUAAAUACACCGAAAUAUAUCUAAUUCGCUGAUAGUUUUGCUUACAAUAAAUUUAAAAAAGAUGCAGCAAGUCAGUGACCAUCUUAACAAGGCCGCUGUAAAGAGCUUCCUUUUCAGUCAUGUGAACAUGAUUCUCGCUAUUGUUAACGGCGUGGCGGUACUACUGCUUAUCGUGGCAUGGGCCGUAUCUUCGGCAAGGGAAGUAAAUUUCCCAGCCCGCACCGCGAUGUGGAUUAUUGGAUUUAUUCUACUAUCCGUCACUGUUCUGCUCUCUAUUGGGGUCCAAAAGAUGGAGCCAAAUCUUGUUCUUUACUACGCGCAUCAGAUUAUCGCCGUCCUUACGCUUGCCAUAAUGGCAGUCGCAAUGGGGAUUAAUAAUGUUGUGGUUAAUAUGUGCACUAGAAACAAACAAAACGGCACUCGGAAUAAUUGUGGUGCGCACUAUGUGGAACUUUUGGCAGAAAUUGUUGUUUGCAUUAGUUUGGGAAUCUAUUACAUCGGAACCCAGCAGCGUAUUGUGGUUUUCAUCGACAAAGGGAUUCUAGAUGGUAUUAGGGGACGGUCUCAUAGCAGGAUGGAGUAUCUGAUGUAAGCUGUGUUUGUGCACAUCAUAUUCAACGAAAGGAUAGCCAAAAAAUAUGAAAGAACCUCAGCGAUCAUACUUUUUUCCCAUCAUGCAUUAGUAGAACUAACUUGUAAAGUAAAGAUAUCUUUGCAGUGAGGAGUAAUGCAUUUCAUGAUGUUGCAUUAAAGCCUUUGCUUGCUUAUUGACCCUAUAUGAUAAAAGGAGAAUCAAACUUCUAUUCUGACUAUGGUAUUAAUUUUAAUGUUUGUAAAAUAUAUUUUCAUUCUAAUUUGCUACUUUUGCAAUAAGUAUUUAUCAAAGUAUCAUUGUUUCGUGUAUUGAGUAUAGUCAAUCAAAGGAUCGGUUUCAUCAUUUUUAGUGUGAAGGUGAGAUUUGAGCUCUCAUACGGCUAAAAUGGGCAUUCUAACUUUAUAAAUACAUUAUUAGCGUCAUUUGAAUCUUUGACGAUAGUGAUUCAUAUUGAUCUGUAUCGUCCAUUAUAACAUUUUUGGUAUAUGCAUGUCUUUUAGUACAUAGGGUAGUAUGCUCAAUACAAUUCUUUUUGCAGCGUAUGCAUUGUUUUACAAUUUUCUUCUUUUGCUGUUAUUGAUGUAUGUGUCUAUCGUUUUUCGGGAAAAAUAAGACACAAUAUGAUAAAUAAACCUACUCAGAAACUUCGAAAGGUGAUGAAAAAUAUAGUCUAGAACAUACAUGCGCGUAUACUUGCGUCGUUUUCGUAUUUUCUACAAUGAUGAGAACGCACAACGCUUCCUAAACUUCUUUGCUUCGCGAGAGGCCUAUUAAGUUUUUCUCUCUCUCCUUUUUACUUUCAUCUACCACUUUGAGGUACACUGGAUAUAAAAAGAAAAUUAGAAGGGUGUUUUUGAUAAGAAUCCCCCCUGCCACCACUACUGCAUGUUCCCUUGCGUUUUUAACCUUACGCAGAGCGACACAGAAUCUGCUGUUGGAUUUAUUGCGUAAAUAUUUGUAUUCUGGUAAGGGCAGAACUAUUCAACCUGGGUGAAUGCUCAGCAACGUAUCUGGUUUACUAUUAUUUUUACUCUAUCAAAAACUGAAGAAUCACACGAUUUGAGUUGCUAAAUGCGGUAGGUAGUGCUGUAUCGAUAUGCGAGAAGUUUAUAAUGACCUGAAAAAAAUGAUCAAUUAUGGUGGUUAGGGCUGCGCUUAGCUUGUGGGUGAGAGAGUGUGUGCGCACUGCCCAAAGUCAAGCACAACGGGUGGGAUGGCAAAGAGAUUUGCAUCAGCAAAUGGUGCGCAGCGAAAAAAAAUUGAAGAGAUGGUGCGCCAACAUUGAUACUCAACAGAAAAGGCACAAUAAUGGAUAACAUACGCAUGUGUAUAAAUAUAUAUAUAUUUAUAUAUACCCUUUUCCUAGUGCAUGUUUUUGUGUUGAUUUAGUCCACAGUACAGAGCUACAGAUGGACACGGUUCCAACCCUAGUCUAGAUCAUUACUUCUUCGUGUUUAUUAACAUAAAUUCAAUACUUAUGUAUUGCUUCAUCACAAAAAAUCAUAUCAAUGCCCUUCACUGAAGUGGUUGGUGGAUGUUCGCAUGCCUU